AUGAACAUUCUCCUCCUCUCCACCCUGUGCCUCUGUGUGGCCACCCUGGUGGGCAGUGUCACAGUCCAGGAUGGGGACUUCUUCUACCCCCUGGAGUCUGUGAAGAAACUCAAGGACUUGCAGGAGAGCGGGAUGAGGAGCCGGAAGGCCCAGGGCUACGGGGUCCACUUGUGCGACCACCCGGAUCUUCCCAAGGACUUGGAAUCUAUCUGCACUCGUUCUGAUGCUGCACAGGUUUUCCAGAGACUGUGAAUCAUAGCUGAGCAGCCGCACAUAUGUGAGAUCUGUGCCUACGCCGCCUGUGCGGGCUGUUAG